CCUUCAUUCGAUCGCAAAAGUGAAAAGCAAUCUUUUAACCGGUGUUUAUGAUGGCGGGACUUUUUCUUAAAAUAAGCAUAAUAUAACAUGGUUCAACCGUCAACAACGUAUUGUUUCAUGGACAAGCACAACAAAGUAUAUUAUGUUAGAGUAAGCUAUAUAACCUGACGCGGAUUUUGUUCUUGCUAUCAUAUACACUGGAUGCAACAAUUGGAAGGAUCGUUUCAAUUUUAUGUUUUAAAUUUUAAAGUUACAGUGAUUCUGACGAAUGAGCAGUAUGAGUAUAAAAUAUACGACGCCUGAAGCUCUCAUUGCAUUGGCUGUUGAGGCAAAGCAAAGAGCGUAUUGUCCGUACAGUAAGUUCCAAGUUGGUGCAGCGGUGGUGGUGGAAAAUGGAGAUGUUUUCACAGGAUGUAAUGUAGAGAACGCGUGUUAUCCAGUUGGCGUUUGUGCAGAAAGGACUGCCAUAUGUAAAGCUGUGUCUGAAGGCCACAGAAAGGUGGAGAUAUUGGCAUUAACAUCGAAUGCAGACACCAUGACUUAUCCUUGUGGACUUUGCAGACAGACCAUCAGAGAGUUUGGUACUGAAGUGACAAUUUACUGCGCCAGUAAAGACGGCAGCUACGAGACACACGAUCUAAACGAAAUGCUGCCCUUAUCUUUCGGGCCAGAAAGUCUUGGCCAAUAAAUUUGAUUUUGUAAGAAACUUUUCCGUGUGUAUUUUUAACUACUAACACUAAAAUAUUAUGCAUAUAUGCCUAAAAUAAUAUAUACGUGAAUAAAAAUAUACAAUAUAAAACA